UUCCAGAUUCCAUCCCCAGCCACCCAGCCUCAAGAUGGUGACAAUAUUGCUGCUGGUCUCAGCACUGGCUGGCCUCUUCAGCGCGGCAGAGGGACAAGACCUCAGAUUCGGGAAGUGCCCGACUCCUCCUGUGCAGGAGGAUUUUGACUUGACUAAGUUUCUUGGAAUAUGGUAUGAAAUUGAGAAGAUUCCAGCGCCCUUUGAGAAGGGAAACUGCGUCCAAGUCAACUACACAGCAAUGGAAAACGGAAACAUCAAAGCAAUAAACCAGUUGCAGAAAUCCGAUGGAUCGGUGAGACAAACUACAAGUGAAAUCAUCCGGGCCAACCUCGCAGAGCCCGCCAAGAUGGGAGUGAAGUAUGCAUCAUCACCGCGUGUGUCUCCAUACUGGGUCCUGGCCACGGACUACGAGACCUACGCCCUUGUGUACUCCUGUUCCUCAAUCCUCUCGCUGUUUCACCUGGAUUAUGCUUGGAUCUUGGGAAGAAGCCCUUCUCUCCCUCUAGAAACAAUAAUCUAUCUAAAAGGUAUCCUGGCCUCUAAUAACAUUAGCAUUAAUAAAAUGACUGCCACAAAUCAGGAGAACUGCAACUCGCCUAUGUAACAAGGCUCCAAAGGGCGCCUGCAUUCAUUCCAUGUUCCUUAUUUUGCUUUGCUUUUUCACCGCCUCACCCCACGCUUCAUAAAGACAAACCAACCCACCAUGGCAGAAGCCAGUGGGGAGGAACUCUAUGGAAGUUGGCCCAAACACUUACCAUGCACUAUCUUGUUACCUUGCAAACCUAAUAAUAAACUUGUUGCUCACAGUAAA